AUGGCCUUAGUCGUGAAAGAGAAAGACGCCCGGUUAUCCUUCCAGGAGUCUACCGAGCUCGUUCGGAUAGCCGUCAACCAGUCGCAGCCAACCUCUGACAAAGUUUACCGGUAUAUGAGCACAUUUCCAUCAUGGGUGCCCGGCGCCGAUCUCCCUUGGGACAGAGUUGAUAUGAACGGGGCGGCCGGCGUGCACAAGGCGACGUACGGUGCUCAUGUGUACACCAUGUCUGGUGUGGCAGUGUUCCGCGCUGUUGCAGACAGUGGAAGAGAUAGAAGGGAUAACGCAGCCUCUACGGCGGACAACAGCCAGCGCGGGCUCGACUUACACACGAUACAAGGGUGUUUUACAUCCAAGGGUCUCAGCAACCGGCCCUUCGUGUUCGACGUCACGCAUGUGGCUGGAGGCCGGACUUUUGCCACGUGGUAUGUCAAAGUACGGCAGCCGACCACGGGGAGCGAGGUGAUGGCGGACGGAAGAUUCCCACUCAGUGAUGCCGAGAAGCCACUCGGCCCCGUCUGCUUCACAGCUCUCUGCUCUCUCAAGAACCCCGAGGAUACAUAUGUCGACAACCAACAACAACCCGCGCAGGAGCGGCUCUCGGCCAUCCUUUCCUCACGACCGCCGGAGGCGUGGCCGCACGCUCCGUCGGUAGACUUUAAGUGGAUGACCAGCCUGUUUCCAAAUCCUGGACCGGGAAAGUUUCCCAUUAUCGAGAUGCGAAAGGUGGACAUGACCGAAUAUAACGCGAGCAGGCCGCCGGCGGAGCGCAGGGAAAUACUCCUGUACCGCCUUCUGCACCCACUACCCUCUGACGAUCCGAACCAGCACGCCCUAGUCCACGCCUUUGCGGCGGAUCGAAACGGCUUGUUGAUGCUUGCCAACGAUUACGACAUGGAUUUGAUCCUGCAGUCGGCGGCGACACUGACUUGGACGUUCUUUAUGCACACCAACGUCGAGAACGCCAUCAUGCAGUGCGACGAGUCUGGGGAAGGAGGCUGGUGGAUUCUUGAGGACUCCUUCCCGAGAGGCACUGCGGGGAGGGGUUAUGUUGAGGGUAAGAUUUGGAGUCCUGAGGGUGUGCACGUCGCUACGGCGGUUCAAGAUGGUAUAGCGAGGGCAUUUCCGCCUGAGGAAGCGAAGUUGCCGAGCAAGCUGUGA